CAGGAGAAAUUGAUGUGGUGAAGCUUUUGUGUUCCUGAGAUUACAUUAUCGAAAUACUACACAUUUGGGGAGGUUAUUACGAGUAUGUGACAAUCGUUUCAAAUUCCACGCGCGCGCAUUUGUAUCAUAGUUCAUGUUAGACAGUUUAAUUAUCAAUCGAUUUUAUGUCAAAAUGGCAGGGGUCAUUCGAUAAAUGAAAGGCCAAAUAUAAUUCUAAGAGACAAAUUAGAAUGUAUGCGUAGAGAAGUAUCGUUUCUGUUAUUUAUUUCUAUAUCCUCAUAUAUAUUUAACGUUAAUAAUAAAAAGCAUUCAUAUUAUAGUAGUAUUUGAAGAGGAUUAUUUCUGAUAUGUGAAAAAGAAUACGUGGUGGCGAUUCAAAUAUUCGAAAUGUGCCGCGCAGAUUGAAAGUCGAGCGCUGAUAGGUCGCGAUGCCGGCAGCCAAUGGGAAGCAGCGUUGCUAGGUCCGCGCAUGUCAUGCCAUUGGCCGUCGCAAGGUCGGGGUCUCGAGCCGCAGGGACGAGCCGGCAAGCGAUGCGGCCCGUCGUCGACGUAGGUAGUCGUUCGAGGACGGUCGUUGGUGUCUCAGUGUUUGGUGUAAGUGACCCGUGACAAAGAAAGGUUGUACGAGGUGCUCGUUCGACCAGUGUCUCGUUUCUGACAGAAGAAACAGGAGGAUGGCUACGGUAUGCUGUCGCGCUCUUUACGCCGUCAGAUGGUACGAGGUGUCCCGCGUGUUGAGUGUUUCCUCCACCUUGGUGACAACAAAAAACUACCGGAACGAGACAUGGUGCAAAAGGUGGUGGCACAUUUCCCAGAGGAAUCUGUUCCUGACGACGAGCUGUUUCGCUCCCGGGUUGAGUCCAAUUUUGGCGAAAGAGGUGGAGGGUUCGAAGACUAAAACCGUAUCGAAGGAUUUGAAACCGUCGAGAUUGUCUCAGGACGACAAGGCGCCUAAGAGUUUGGACGCUCAAAACGCGGUGGAUACCGUUGCAGAUGUAACCGUGACCUACCAUCGAGGAUUACCCAGGAUCACGGUACCUUUGCCAUCCAGACAGGACCAAUGCGUUUUCACGCUGAAACCGAUAACCCACACUGUGGGCGACUUCCUCCGGUUAUUGAAAAGGGAAGAUCGCGGAAUCGAUCGUGCUAUCGUUACGUCCAUCGAUGGUGUCAGGAUAGGCUCCAAUAACACGAUCGAGUCGUUACUAGAAGACGACUUUCGACUGAUCAUUAACAACAACGAAUAUCUUGUUCAACCACCUUUGCAUCAGACGUACACCAUGGAUAAUAUGCAAAAGCUGUCGGACGUCCAAACGUUAGUCUGCCAGUUGUACGAGGCGUUUCAUGUGCGAGAACAUUAUGCUGACAUGGAGAAGCAAGUAUUAGCCGAAUUAGAGGCGGUCAGGUUGGAACUGGAACCUCUGGAACAGCAAUUGCAAGAAUUGGAGACCACAGCUACGAGGAAGGCAAACAUAUUCAUCUGGGUGUGUCUAGUCCUGAUGUCUGUUCAGUUCAGCGGCCUAGCAAGAUUAACCUGGUGGGAAUAUUCGUGGGAUAUUAUGGAGCCGGUUACGUACUUUGUUACAUAUGGCACAACGAUGGCCUGCUUCAUCUAUUUCCUCUUAACUAAACAAGAAUACAUGCUGCCCGACGUAUUAAACAGACGUCGCCUCAUCGCCCUCCACAAGAGAGCAAAGCAACUGGGACUCGACCUGAACCAUUACAACAGUUUAAAGGACCGAGCUUACGAGCUCGAAACUACCCUGAAGAUCAUCCGUGGACCUCUGUACGAUCACAAGAAUAAGAUAGAACAGAAGAAAAGAGAAAGGUCGAGUUCGAGCAGCAGCAGUUCUUCAAGAUCACCGAGUUCCUCGCCUAGUCCAAGUCCUAGUCCGGAAAGAAGUCUUCCUAAAAAAGGAAUGUUUCCUGAGAAAGACACGUCCAAGAAACCGGUUAACGAGGAAACGCGAUUUAGCUCAAACAGGACGCACAAAGAACCUAGGGAUUAUUGAUCGCUAAAGCUUUAAAAGAGAUAUCUUGCUGCGGAAGAUCUGAAAGAUUCGAUCGUAUCUUUUUUUUCUUCGACAAGACUCAGGGCGUUUAUCGAAUGACAUUUGUAUGUAAGAAAGUUAAGUAAGGUAACGAAAAGGAGAGGAAAGGUUUACUUUCGUUCGCGUGGAAUGGGACGCAGAUGAUUAAAUCCUCGACGGAGUCUUCCAAGUAGUACGACGAUACUCCUAAUCAACGACUAUGUGUAUAGUAAACGUUUGCCUGAUGCUCAAUGUUGUUGACCGCUGUGCAUUUGGAAGACCUCGAUCAAAGAUGUGUACAUACCACAAUUUUCUACGCACUAUCUUUGACUAACGCGCUAGCGAAUUGAUGAAUUAAGGAACUAAGAUGACGUUGCUAGAUCGUGUUUCUUUGUGCAAUCUCGACGCAUACAGGAUAAUUCACUGAAACUAUCUAAUCAAAACGAACUAAAUGUAAAGCUAACCUCGAAUUCUACGAAUUCGCAUUUUUAUUUAUUUCACUCAUAUUGUACAUUUCUUUUCAUCUAAACGUAGUACUAAGUUUUUACGGGAAUUUUGUCAACGAUAUAAAUGUUUCGUGUUUGGUGAGUGAUCCUGUACUUGGUUGUAAGUCUCAAAAUAUUUGUGAUAAUUUAAUGUUUGUUAUACCGGCGUAACUAGUUAGGAAACGUUACCAAAUUUCCAAAUCACUGACUCCCCAAAUUGUAAAGCUAAGAUCGCUCCGCUUCGAACGAAAAUCCCAGUUACGCCAAUGGUUCAUUAGUUUUAAAUUAAUCCUCGUAAUUCUCGCACAACUACAGUUUUAAAGACAAGCGUAUUUUAAGAUAAAUCGACAGUUAAAUCUCAAAGGUUUUAUUUAGGGAAUAAUUUUACAGUUCAUCAUAUUGCGACAUUAUUUUUUCUACGACAGAUCUACAAUGUUUAUGUAAAUAUACAUUUUUUUAUCUGGCAAGAUCAACGAAUCUUCUUCAUCUAAUAGACGAGGUACAAUGUACUUAACUUUUAUUUCAAGUGACUAUUAUUGUACAUAUUCAUUGUUUCGAGGAAGAAACGAUGUACUUAUGAAAUAACGUAACAGAUUGAUUUUAAUCAUUUAAUACAAUAGUUUCGACCGUACAGUCUACUUUACUCCAACUUCCCGUUUCUUCGAAUAUUCUGUUAGCAACUUUUGCGAGAAAUAAAAGAAUGUUACGAUAGCCGCAUCGCUAAGAUCGUUCGGGAAGUUUACUUCGAGAUAAGAUUUUAGCAGUCGAUACUUACAACAAGAAUUCAAUCCAUUUAUCUUGUUCUUGUUAACUAGUGAGGAUACGAUUAAAGUUUGUGCACCGGUACAAAUAGAACUUUAGCACUUUCGAAUCAAACUAUAUUACUACUGUUACACUUUAGAAUAUCACUCACGAAAGUAUCUUGCAUAGGAUUAUAAAAUAGAUUUCUAGGCUCUCUAAGAAAUUUUCUCUCGCUUGCAUAAAAAUCCCUUAUCCGUCCGUUCGAAAAAUAUUGUACGUUUUCUAUUCUAUUGUAAUCUUAAGUCUUUAUCAUUUCUUGUCGCAGCGACAUGAGGUAAUUCGAGUCCUUUCGUGCUUGCACCAGUAUUGUAAAUUAUGACUUAAAAAUUCGUCAUUCUAUUUAUUACACGGUAACGUAUGUAACGUAGACAUUUUGCCGUACUAUGAAAUGUAUCUCGACAAGUCUUACUAGUCGAUGGUGGAGUAGAGAAAUCGCGUUUAGAGGUAUACCGACAGUGUAUUAAGCUAACAACGAAUCAGUUAGUUCGUUGCGCACGAUAUUAAACACGAUUUCAGGGCACAGAAAUUAAAAACGUGUCGCUUCGUCGCAUUUCCCCUUUCGACAAUCGCUUGAUUAAAGUAAUCUAGUGCCAAUAUUUUAAAUCGUUCUUUCUACGAUUCGCUAAAAGUGAUUUCAACGUUUGUGUAAAUCGGCUCGAAAUUGAAGAAGAAGAAUACGCGACGUUGUUACGUGUAUCCUGUGUACAUGGGACACGAUUGGUGAUAAUAUAAUUAUAAUAUCCGCUUCCCCAAAAAUCAAUUUCUUGUCCUCGCAAAAUGCAGUUUCUUCUGAAAUAUUUUUUACGAUCUUUAAAAAAGAUUUCGUAUACAAGUUUUUUGUACAUAUACAAAAAGAUAUAUAUCGUAUACAUAUAAAUAAUACGUGUAUGAUUAUUUUGUGAAUGUUCUUGUUGCGUCGUUUCCUCGAAGCUUUAUGAAGAAACGCCUACCUCCCUCGGUCGACGAUAGAGAAGAUAAUCUUAUUAAACUUGUUCGCGUUUUUUAAUAUCUAUGUAUAUACGUUGUUACGAUUUAUUUCGAUAUGCUAUGUAACAAAUUGAUCGAGCGAACGAGACUCGAGACUGUACUUCUUCCUAAUUGUGACACUCGCCGAGUUUAAUGUAAAAUAUGGUGUAUUGUAACUGACGCGAUUUUCGAUAUACUUGCGCACAUCGUAGCUUUUUAAUGUUUUUAUGAACUCUGUUGAUUGAGUUCGAGUCUCGAGAUGCAUAGGUUUCGUUCAAAACUAUUCAAUGUACAUACACGAUACCCAAAUGGAUGCAUAAAUGAAUAUACAACAAUGCGUUGUGCUGUGAUUUACGCCCAUGUAUCUUAGUUAUACAUAAAACAAAUACAAUUUGAAAUAAAGUGAACCGUAGACAAA